AUGACCCCUCCACCCAGUUUGUCUUCGCCCAAAAAGCCAAAGAGUCCUCGCCGCCAAUCCUCCAAACAGUUUACUGUCAACGACCAUCAAAAGCCUCAUUGCAGUCCCCUGCCUGUUUCUCCAACCACGGAACCUCGACAGCUUCGACAUUUGAAUGGGGACCUCCCAAGCAGGCCACCGGCCGGAACAGGGACCUUCCUGGCUGAAUCACCCCCAAUGGACCACGGCCACGAGAACGACGAUGUCGAAGACCCUCAUGAUCUCUCCUUCUCUAGCAACCACAUCCUCCGAGCCUCCAUGGUCGACAAUCUAGUCAUGUCGCUCGAUCAGUUCUCUGGGGGUUUGUUCGACGACGGUCCAUACACGCCGCGAAGCAACAGUUACGAUACAAGUGCGAGGAUUCGGAAAAGAGGGCACACAUUUUCUUCAUCCACGUCUUCGGAGAAUGACGUCCAACACAUAAGACAUAUGCCCCAGUUGCCACAGACAAUCCCCAGACUUCCUGUCCGCAACAGUGUCCGGUACCAGAAGGAUCUGCAGAAAUUACCUAGCAUAUUUGGAGAAGACGAGGAUUCGGUCCGCGCAAAGGUCUAUGAUGCUCAAAGAGCGACCCAACCUCGUCACCCGAGGCGGAAAAAGAACGCCUCUGGUGGCGGCAGAAGCGCUAACAGUAGUGCAUCUUCAAGCAUCGAUCUGGGACAUCUAGCUAGUCUUACAGGCCGUCUAGGAGGCCCGGGCAACAGACGGUCUCGGAGCUUUGAUUUCGGCGCAAGGCCACGAGAUUUACGUACCAGCAAACCGCUCGGAGGUGCUGACGGGGCGCCCACUCCGGUGAUAUUUUCGGGCCCAGAAGCUCAGAGUGCGACACCAGGAGGACCUCCCGGCUCACCUAUUGUGCGGAAGAACAGUGCCAAAUCCUCCAAAAGCGCGUAUGUCAAGAAAGGCCGGCCAGCAGCUUUGGCAUCCAACUCGGCGCGCAAUGAAUCCGUCCCCCAGCUUCCUACGAUGAAAAGUGUACCGAGCUUCAACACUGUGGAACAAAGAUCGAAUAUAGGGCCUCCGCAUGAGACGAUCGCAGCGCCCAGACCUGGCUUCUUCCGACGUGUUUUCGGAUCCUCCAGAAACCCAUCCGUGAAUACAGACACUAUCCCAGCGCACAAUGUACUUACCAAGUCACAGCAUGGGCGAGUGACUCCGGUUCAGGACGAGAAUGCACACCCUCCCAUGACGCCGCCUGCCAAAGCGCAAAAGCCCCUUCGGCGGACGUCUAUUGAUGCUUCAGCGAACAAAGAGAACCAGCCAGUGAUCACCAAAAAGUCUUCCGCAUUUUUCCGCCGAAGGAAGAAAUCCAUCUCAAACGUAGUCCCACCACCACUGCCUUUGACCUUGAACUCGGAAUUGCCAUCAGAGAAUGAGCCUGUGGAUGGAACGAGUCCUGUAAGCAGCCUCAGAGCGUUCAUGGACCCUUAUCUCGCCGAUCCUCCGUCCUCGACAGGACACGCUCAUCCUCGUGGCCAUAGUCGAACGAGCUCAAUGCAAGGUUUCUAUACACCGCCUCUACCACCUCCGGGGUUCGGCUUGCCAAACCAGGCUGCCAGUCGACCCAGAGUAGGAGGCCACAGUCGAUCGGAAUCCCACGGCAGUAAUAAAACGUUGAAGUCGAACCCCAAACAGGUGUCAGCUCUUCGAAUUCCCCAUCAAGACUCUUUUCUGGCGGAUAGCAGCAGUGCGGAGGAGCCAAUGAAACGAUCGCCGUUUGAUGCGGGCCACCAUUCUGACAAUGAGCGGCCCUCGUUACGGUACCGGGGCAGUGUGAGCGACUUGAAACUAGAGCAUACACCCUCCGCAACCUCAUUACCUAGCCCCUUGUCUGAUCCAAGGGCGGCUACCACGCGACAGGGAUCUUGGAAGUCUGAAAAGGUCUCGCCUGUAUCUUCCAUGAUUGUGGCUCCAACGCCCAGCUCCCAAAGUGCUGAACACGGGAAUAAGUCGACAUCGACCAGGCGACAGAAUACUCUGGAAAUUGCACGCAAAGGAACCAAGGGUUCCCCAUUCGCGUCAACCUCUGACGUUAGUGAUUAUAGGUCAGCGCCGAGCACGCCCUUGAUCAUCGAAACUCCUGAUGGCGAGAUCGCAUCGCCAUUGGGCUCUGCCCUACCGGGCGACGUUCAAACCGGUCCUCCGCCAGACUAUGAAAAGAGAGCUCGACAGAUAUUUGACAACACCGACGAUGAGGUCGAUCCUUCUUCCGCCGGAGCCUGGCUGGGAGACCCCGGCCACGAAAGGGAAUAUGUGCGGAAAGCAUAUAUGGAGCUCUUCGAUUGGAAGGAUCAGAAUAUCCUGGAAUCGCUUCGGGGUCUUUGUGACCGGAUCAUGCUCAAAGGUGAGACUCAGCAAAUGGACCGCAUCAUGGAUGCCUUUGCUCGGCGAUGGUGCGAGUGUAACACAUCGCAUACAUUUAGAUCAAGCGAUGUGGUGCAUACAAUCUGCUACUCAAUCCUCCUUUUGAACACCGAUCUUCACUUGGCGGACAUCGAUCAGAAAAUGACAAAGGCCCAGUUCGUGCGCAAUACGCUUCCUACGAUUAAGCGCGUUGCGCAGGGAUCCGAGGCCGAAAAAACUCUACGAGGUCCAAAGCGGACUAAUGCUUCAUCGAAUGAUGAUAUAAACAGUGCUGCUUCGGACGCGAAGCGGUCUGCAGAGCGGCUGACCUACCAGGAUGGACAGCCUUCUGAAUCUGUCGAACCUGCUGUAGAAGUCACACAAGGGAGAGGCUGGGAACUGCAAAUCGAAGCCGUUCUACGGUCUUUCUACACCUCGAUCUCACAAGAACCACUACCGUUAUUCGGUGCUCAGGCCGAACCGAAUGCGCAACUAAAUCAGUCAAGCAAUUUCUUGACCAUCGGAAGUUCGAUGCUUCGGCGCACACCCAGCGUGCUAAGCAAAGCACAUUCAGAUACCAACCGCGGUCGAUAUGUUGGCGAAAGCAAGUCACUCGGCGCUCGUUUCAUCACAAAGACACGGUCGAGGCCCCGGCUACCCUCCGCUCCGGGCUUUGCCUCUAGUAGAACAAGCAUCGAUGAGCAGUCCUCGGCCUGGAGUCCAUCAAUGUCGAGCACGUGGAGUAAAGCAUCUCUGGGAAAGACGUUGACGUCAAUGUCGGUCGACUCGUUCGGCACAGAAGCUACUCACGCCGAUUAUCAAUCGUCCAUUGGUUUUGCGAAUGCUUUGAGCCAGGCCAUCAUUCGGGAAGACCAGCUAGAACUCCCUAUUGAGGACGGGGCUAAAGGUGUCUCUCUGCUUGAGGAUGAGUCCCUCGAGCUUUGCGGUGCUCCGUGGGCCAAGGAAGGCAUUGUGAAGCAUAAGUGUCAUCUCGAGGGUGUUGAUAAAAGAUCAAAGGACAGAAAUUGGAAUGACUGCUUUGCGGUGAUAGAGAAAGGAUAUAUGAGGCUUUUCUCUUUCUCGAUGACGGCGAAGUCUCUCAGAAACAGGGCACGAACACCCAAGGUUCCAGCUGUCGUGGGAGGCGGCAAUUGGCAGGACAAUGCUGAAGAGUUGUGGAAGUUUACCCUUCGACAUACCAUUGCCAGCUCACUCCCACCCCCGGGAUACUCAAAGGUGCGACCCUAUGUGUGGGCGCUCAGUUUGCCGACAGGCGCUGUCCAUCUCUUUUCGGUUGGAACGCCCGACAUUGUGAAAGAGUUCGUUUCUACCGCCAACUAUUGGAGUGCCAGAUUGUCGAAAGAGCCAAUGAUGGGCGGUAUCAGCAACAUGGAAUAUGGCUGGAGUGAUGCUGUGGUCAAUCGCGCAUUGAUGUCCUCGGAGCUCCAGUCCGGACGCAACGCGGCAAUGAGUCCGCGGCCCAGCACACAGAUGUCAAUGCGGAGCUCCAUGGACCAUGUGGGCGGCGUCCGACCCAAGCUUCCCGGGGACAAGGCUCAUAUCAGCGACUGGAUGCCGCCCCAGCAGUCCAUGUUUGCCUCCCAGUUGAUGGAAGUGGACCAGCUUCGAGCGCUACAGACCUAUGUCACCAACGUGGAGGAAGAAUUGCAGAGGCACAACGAACUGCGAGGACUAAUGCUUCUAGCGUUCACAGUUAAGCACCCCAACUCCACCAAAGCCAUGAACAACUGGGAGCGGAAAAGCAGUUACUUGCUCCGAGAAAUUGUCAAGUUCCGCACGUACAUCGAUACCUUACAGAAUGCCCAGUCGACGAAGGAGAAGAUUUAUCGGAUGAGAAAGGAGGAAGAGAGAAUGCAGCACGCAGCGAUGGACUCUAGGAACCAGGCCACGACUGCUAUCCCUGGGGUAGCGUGA